UGAAUUAUAACUAUGGUUAAACAUUCUGCCAGCUCUUUAUAUUUUCUUUGUUUUAUUUUUUUUUAAGAUAGUUUAUGUUGUCUUGUGAAGUGAAACAACCUCGCCAGUCUCAUCAUGUCCGCAAACGGCAAUACAAUCUCUAGCCUGGACAUCGCCUACAUCGUGCUUGAAGUGGUCAUCGCAUUGGCAUCUCUUUCAGGCAACGUUCUUGUGGUGUGGGCAGUCAAACUGAACAAGGCACUCAGAGAUACUACCUUCUAUUUAAUCGUGUCGUUGGCAGUGGCUGAUAUCGCGGUUGGAGCAGUCGCUAUCCCGAUAGCCAUUCUCAUUAGCCUGAAAGUCAAGAUGCACUUCUAUUGCUGUCUGUUCGCCUGCUGUCUUCUGUGUAUCCUGACACAAAACUCCAUACUGUCCCUGCUGGCUAUCGCGAUAGACAGGUACCUCAGGGUAAAGAUACCUGUCAAAUGCGGGCAACUAGGUACCCUAGAAACAACAAUAAAAUGUGAGCAAUUUUCUUGUAUCCUUAAAAGUCUCCCUUCUUCCUAUUUUCGUAGGUACAGAGCAGUAAUGACCCACCGCCGCGCCUGGGUGGCUGUUGGAGUCUGUUGGCUGGUGCCCACCAUUCUGGGUCUGCUGCCCAUGUUGGGUUGGCACCGAGGAGACAGCUUGGGGGCUGCUGCAGAGCGCAACAGCAGCAGCAGCAACAGUGAGGGAAGGUACAAGGCGUGCAGUUUCCCUGCGGUGAUGAGCAUGGACUACGUGGUCUACUUCAACUUCUUUGGGCUCAUCCUGGCCCCCUUACUGCUGAUGCUGGGGCUGUACGUGCUGGUUUUCACCACCAUCAAGAAACAGCUGCAUAACUCCCAGGGAGUCUGCAAAGCCUCCAGGCUCCAGAAGGAACUGAAGCUCGCAAACGCUUUGGCUUUGGUCCUGGCUCUGUUUGCCUUGUGUUGGCUACCUCUGCCCAUCAUGAACUCAGUGGGGUUCUUCUGCCCCACCUGCCAUGUGUCCAAGGCCAUUCUCUACUGUGGCAUUCUACUGAGUCACGCCAACUCUGCUAUGAACCCUGUGGUGUACGCCUUCAAAAUCAAGAAGUUCAGGGUCACCUUCAUGAGGAUCUGGCACCAUUACUAUACUGGAUCAGAGUGGAACGAGUCGACUUUUCACUCCAACACCUUGCAGUCACAGAGGGCAGAUAAAUCUGAUAGUGUUUGAGGCUCAGGGUAUCAACCCUGUCUUUCCAGAACCAAGCAAUGAGAAAUGGCCAUUAAUCUGCAAAGCAUCUACCCUCUGUGUCCACUGUAUACUGGACAUUAACGAUGGUGUCCAUUAGUUGUAGUAUUUUAAAAGGCCAGUAGUGUGGGCACUGUUACAUUUCUGCCUCUAUAUUAUGUCCAUGUUUUGUUACAGUAUUCUCAACACUGUGUUAUGUUGUCCAGCUGUUGUACUGAAUUUUAAUGAAAGUAUCUUAAAAAAAGAUGCACUAUUUUUAUAUGUUUGAUUGCAUGCUUUUUACCAGUAUACUGGACAUUUCAACUGGAUACAUUUUAAAAAGUUUGAUAAAUGUUGAUACUUUUUUCAGUUUUGGUUUCCUUGCAUGCAACAGAGGGUUAGUACCAAUGUGACUGUGUGUGCAGUUAUGAACAAUGAUAUCUGCCAAUUCAAAAUAACUUCUACACAGUGCCUUUGAUGACAAAAAAAAACAUUAAAAACAUGAGAGGCAUUAGCGCCACUAAGAGAGAUGUUGAUCAAAACAUAAACAGAGAGUGGCACUGAAGCAGUCUUUCUUAACUUCAAAAAGAUACUAAUCAGACACAUUUAUUUAUAACAGAACUACAAUGUUAAUUACCAGAUGUGCCACUUUUCUGUUUCUUUGGGCUAGUUUUCAUUAUGACACAGAUGUUAGUAAUAACUCUUCUUUCUAAUGCAACACACAAUCACACAAAUCAGAGAAAAACCCCAAACCAAUUGAGGUCAGGCAGUCUCACGCAACUAUGUAGGUUUAUAUUUAAAUACAUUUAUAGUUAAAUACAUUUAGGAGGCAAUUUGAUUGACCGAAUAUACUGUAUUUUAAAGUUGGUGUACCUUCAAAUGUUUGAUAUGUUUACAAUAACUACAAUGACUGUUUCUUAUUGCAAAUACUCAAAUACAUUUUUUUAAAGUCUGUGUUAAUGGGAUUUGACCAUCAGUUAAUUUACUGUAAAUAUUUUAUUUAAAAAGAAAAGGCUUUGUUAUGUAUCAAUGGGUCCUAUUCACCUAGCUUUAACUAUGUUUCAGUAUGUCAUUGCUCCAUGAGGACUGGUGUCUUCCUAGAACUCUAGAAACAGGUUAGUAUCAUGUAAAGCAUUUCUUAAUGUUGUUUCCUUUGACUAAUGUUUUUUUUUCAAGAAGUGAGAGCCAGCGCCAUCUAGUGUUGUGUUAUGCCAGCAAUACAAAUGGAAACAGAAUUCUUCUUUCCUGUUCAUUAAAGGGGGUUGGCUCUUCUAUAUAAACACCUGGCAAAUAUAGGGUUACCAUAUGGCUCCAGAUUAACCGGACGCUUUGAGAUUUCAAAAUUCCCCCUAAACUGAAAGUAAUUCACUUAUAAAUGAGCUCCACCUUUGCUGAGAUUAAUCCUGCAGCAAACAAGUCACACAGAUCAGCUGCUUCUGAUCAGAUCUUAAUGAACGAAUAGCUAAUCUAUCGACAGAGCAACGAGAUGAUGAUGCGAUUGUAUUUGCAGAAUAAUAUGGGCGAUUGAAUUUUAACAAACAGAAAAAAAUAGCGACUGGCUGCAAUUCAUUCUUAGUACAAUACAAUUAUUUGACGCGCAUGUGGGUAUUUAAGCACCAUUAUUAAUUGUAGCUAAGGAUGGUUCAUUUACACAUUCAUUUAUUUCAAUUUAGGGGCAAGUUUGAAAUCCCGUUCUGUCUCACAGCGUCCUGUUAAUCUGGAGCCAGAUGGUAACCCUAGGCAAAUAGAACUGAAGAACUGAAAUACAAUAUCAGAAUGAUAAAAAAUAAAUAAAUAAACACAAUGGCAAUAACAACUAUAGAGAAUGACUGCAAACCUAAUAAUAAAAAAAUUAUGUUCUAUUAAACAAGAGCCCCCAAGUAAGGGCAAACGGUGUGCUAAGAAUCUGUUACGUGCAUAAGCUCUGCUGCUGUAUGCAGUUACCUUUGCUGUUCAUGUGCAGUAUGCAUGGACCAGGAGGUCUCCCCAUUCUUUUUCCUGGAGGGAAAGGCCAUUGUUAAUUCCCUCAAUGAUGUACAAGUGACUUACAGGAGCGGGAGGGCUCUCUCAGGUGGGGGAUAAAUCUGUUAUUAAAUUGAUUAUGUUACGGCUUGCUAAUAAAAGUUUUGGCCAGGGAACUGAUUGUGUGGCCUGUUCUUUUAAACUCCAGUCUACAUACACACAUAAAACACAAGCGCCGCUUAAGCAUUGCUGAAGGUUUUGUUACUCAACAGCCCAAAACAUUGCGGCCUAGAGCGGGAUUUAUACUGCAGACUUGCC